AUGGCGCUAUAUACACCGCCUGAUAAACCAGACUCCUCCAAUGGAGAUGACCAUCCCAAGAAUGGCUCGAUAAAUGACUCAAACAAUGACAACGACGAAUUUGAAAUGAAACGUCAUAAAUUCUACCCUCGACCUAGUCUAGGCUUGAAAUUAUGGGGACCCUUAGUUCCUGCUUCCGAUAAUAAGAAUGGGUUAUGGACCCUUAUCGGUGUACAAACCGCAAUGGGGGUCUUUUGCUUUUACAGAUUCAGAAAAUUAGGUAUAAGGCCCUUUUCCACAUCACCUACUGCUUCUCCAUUAGGAUUUAUUAAAAAUGCAACUACUUUCAAACAGAAUGGGAAAAAUACUAUUAAAGAUAUCGCUGAUCUUCCCUCAUUAAACAGAUUUUCCACUUCUCAUGGAGAGCUCUUAGUCAAUGACAGUGCUAAGGGUGUAACUCCUGGAGAGAUUUCAACUGCACUUAAACCAGGCUUAACGGGCUCAUCAAUGUCAUCAUUUUCGAAAAAGACCAGUUAUGAUGGUAAAAAUAAUGAAAACUUUAACUAUUCAAGUAAGUUCACCACGUUUAAAAGAGCUCUAUAUAUUUUUACCGGGGCAUUAUUACUUUCUCAAUCAUUACUGGAAACAUGUAGGCUAGAAAUAUUGAAGUAUGAUCCUUGGUUGGAGGAGGCAAAGAGUGUUCGUGAUAAGAAAUUGUUCAAUGAUAUAAUAAAAUUCUAUCAUGAAGGAAUUGAUCCAACUAAAGUCAAUGUAAGAGAUGUCAUGAGUGGUAACCCUGUAUCCACCAAUAUACCAGAAGUAAAACAAAGUGUGGCAUUGGUGAGAGCCCAAAGUGAAGCAGAAAACCCAGUGAUUAAAUGGUUUGGUCCCAUUGAGUAUAAACCUAUGACAUUCACAGAAUAUUUGGAUAGGGUAGAAUAUCAUUUAGAAAUGUUUGAAUAUUUCCUGAGUAAGAGAGCUGUAAACACUUUACUUUGGGAGACCAUUCGACCAAGCUCAAUUGCCUUGGAAGAAGUCAAAAAUAAGAAUGAUCAAUUCAAGGAAAAAAUUCAUAAAAAGUUCUUAAAAAGCCAACCUUCUUUGCAUCAACAGCAUAUGAACCAAUUGUUACCAGAAGGUUCAUCCAGUGAAAAAACGAACACAGAAUCUAAACACCCAACCGAACAUGCACUUCCACCAGCCAUGGGUAGAAGAGGCAUUGUCUUUGAUGAGUCUAUAAAAUCUCCAGAAGAUAUAGAUUUAAAGGACAUCUGGUCAUUGUAUGAUCCAUGGAUGAGCUUGGCCCUAGAUACAUCUCUUAGUAUUAAGUUUAUUCCUACGGUGAAAAAACCUAUCGAGGAAGGAAUAAAUACUGGAAGCACUGAUGCGGUAAAAGAAAAUCCCACGGACAAAGAGGAGAAAUAA